GUGCACACUACAAACAUGGACACCAUUCAGAAUGUCCUCAAGUUUUUCACUGAUAAUAAGUCGGCCUUCGGUUACGGCUUUAUGACUCUUAUGACCAUCGGGGGUCAGCAGUUAUUUUCUUUAGUUGCCUUCAAGUGCCCGUGCAGUCACCUAAACUUUAUCUAUGGGUCUGCAUUCUUAUUAGGACCUGCGGUUCUUUUUUUUAUUAUUGGUUACUUUUUGAACAGCAGGACAUGGAAAUUAUUUACAGGAUGCUGUGUCAACCCAAAGCAAUUGUUACCCAGAAGAAACCCCUGCUACUGUCUCCGUAUUUUUAUUCAGAUCACCCUAAAUGCUUUGAUUCUUCCUGUCAUGUGGAUAUCUGUAGCUUUGCUCAAUGGAACGUUUUAUACCUGUGCUAUGAGUGGGUGGCAGGAUCAGGAGAACGGGCACUUUUUGUGCAACAACAAGUCAAAGCAUUGUUUCGAUGAGAUAUUUAAGCUGAGCUGUGACAAGGCAUCUAUCCCACCCGCUGAGUCAGAAGAAAUCUUGGCUCUGCUGAAUGCGCAGUCUCAGGUCCUUGGCUGGUGCCUCAUACUGAUAUCAGCUAGUAUCUCUCUGUUAUCUACCUGCUAUUUCAACUGCCGAUCUAAAGUAAGCUCACUGCAAAUGAAGUUCUGGAGAAUCUACAUUGAAAAGGAAAAAGUGAAAUUUGACGAGUUGGCACUAGAAUAUGCCACCAAACUGGCUGAAAGGAAUCUGAGAAGCUUCUUUGAGAACAAAGAACCAGAUCCCUUUGAGAUGCCCAGCAUCCAGGCAUGGAAGGAGGUUUCCUCUUUAUAUUCUUUCAACAAAGAACACCAUUAUUACAGUACUGUUCACAGAUUUGUUGAGCAUGGCAUAAGUGACAAAGGACAAGAAAUGAUUGACUUUGUGGAUGGACAUUCAACUGUGUAGCAAUCACUUAGAAAUCGGACUGCAAGAUACAGAGAGCAACCAUUCCACUGCCAACAAGUAUACAAAUAGUAAAAAAUGAAUGUACAUUUACAUAAUUAUGGAUUCAUCAUUUGCUACUGAAGUGUUAGUAGCAAAUAUUAUGGAAAACUGAUGCAGAGACUUCAUUCUAUUCCAAAUCAAGCCAACUCAUUACCAACCAGACUUAAAGGCAUUUAGGGAGAACAAAACCUCCUGUUGUGUUUUGUAACUGCAGAAAUGGGCGGCAGGUUUUGCGGCUGCCAUCUUCGGCUUUGUCACAUACUGUUUCUAACUCCCUGGCAGUGAAUGCCCAGCAGGAGCAUGUGCAAUGGAUGCAGAUCUGUUAUAUAUGAUAUAUUCCUGGUCAGUGAUUUCAGGUAAGGGGCAGAAACAGAAUGAGCCGUAGUAGAUAGCACCAGCUUCCAACCUAGCCGUGCUUCUCUGCAGUUACAUAGUUGAAAUGGGAGUCCAGGAGAAUUUUAGCUGCAGGCAGUGAUGUGGUUGGUGAGGAGGUGUUCAGUUAAAUAUGCACCUUGGGAUUUAGUGCAAUGACUAAUAUAAACCAAUACAUUGUUACCUUAGCAAUGA